AUGGCGUCGAGGCUGUGGGCUACGAGGGCAGCUUCAUACCUUAGGAUCUCUGUUCCUCACAGAGGUUUUGCCACUGUUAUCAAGGAUCUGAAGUAUGCUGAUUCUCAUGAGUGGGUGAAGAUCGAAGGCAAGUCUGCCACGGUGGGCAUUACGGAUCAUGCCCAGGACCACUUGGGUGAUGUUGUGUAUGUCGAGCUACCUGAGGAAGGGGCUGAGGUAAAGCAAGGUGCGAGUUUUGGUGCCGUUGAGAGUGUUAAGGCAACUAGCGACAUUAACUCCCCAAUUUCAGGGAAAGUGGUCGAGGUCAACUCGAAACUCAAUGAUUCUCCUGCUCUGGUAAACGGAAGCCCGUAUGAGGAUGGGUGGAUCAUAAAGGUGGAGGUGGAAGAUGAAAAUGAGCUGAACAACUUGAUGGACUCUGAUCAGUACUCCAAGUUUUGCGAAGAAGAAGAUGCCAAGCAUUGA